UCCCUCUAAGUCACAUUUGGUCUGUGAUAUUACCCCAUAUCCAUGUUUGGGUGGUAGCAGGUUCCCUUUGCCAAGAAAGGCCCCCAAAGCAAAGGGCUCUGUGGGGGUGUGCCUGACAACCAACUGGUCAUACCUACACUUUUGAAUUCCUGAAACUUUGCAUUCAAUGAGCCACAGGUGCCAACUCCACAACGGGGAACCCUUUCAAAAAUAUUUGAGUUCAAUCGACUGAGACAGAUUUAGAGCUCCACUUCUCGGUUUCACUUCCCAGCAAUGGGUACAAAUUAAGAAAAUAAAACGACUGGCUCUCUCUCAACACUCAGCUUGCCCAUCACAAUGGGCGAGGUUAAAAAGGUGCAAAAUUAGAGGACUGGGACUGCAUUCAGCCUUCAAUAUUCCCAACGACCUUCUACCCAGGCCAAGACCCAAAUCCUGUAAAUAUGGAGGCAGGGGUAGAGGCGAAUCCUUCCAUGUCUCGACCAGAUUUUAUCUGUCACCAAGCCCAAGACAUUCACUACAGGGUGGACGAACCGAAACUUAUUCUUAAAACCUGCACUUUUUAAGGAGACGCAGAUUAUCUAUACAGUAGUUGCAAUCGAAGCCAACGCGAGAGGGGCGCUGAAACUCAGGCUAACAAGCCGCGCGUUUCGACCUUCGCUCCAGGUCUGCUUGGAGCCUGGGGGCAUCCGCCUCGCACCGCCCUCCGGUUCUCCAACUUGGGACUCAAGGAUUGGAUCUCGCCCGGCACCGCCCUCUUCCCUUAGGCUACUGGAAGACUGCAUCUCCGCAAUUCUUCAGCAAAAGAGGAAGCAAAUGCAAAUACUGCAAAGGUGCUUGGGGUCCCUCGAUCAUAUGCUCUCUGGUCAGGAUACGGUCUCGGCCCAGAGUCCGUCAGUCCUACAGGACGGUGGGAAGUCCCCGGACCGUCGCUACAGACCACCUCCUGCCAGCUCUCAGUCCCCUGCGUCCCCUCACGGUUUUUUUCUGCAAUACAGUGGAUACAGUUUGUCAUGGCCACUCUGAGUGUUGUAGGUUCAAGUUCACUUAUUGCCUAUGCUAUAUUCCAGAACAUACAGAAAUCUCCAGAGAGAAGACCACUCUUUUACCUGAGCUUCUCUGACCUCCUCUUGGGGAUAUACUGGCUCACUGAGGCACUUCUCUAUGGAAAUUCAACAGCCAAUAAGGACAUUGUCUGCUAUAACCUGCAAGUAGUUGGACAGGUAUUAUACAUCUCCUCAUUUUUCUACACCAUCAAUUAUAUCUGGUAUCUGUACAAAGAACUGAGGAUGAAACCUAGCCAGAGUGCACAGAGGACAUUUUCACUGGUUAUAGAUUAUACCUGCCGAAUUGGUCAAAUAGCCAUCAUUUUGUCCAGUCUGAUACCUCUACUGUUGAUGGUACCUGUAUUCUGUUUGGGCAAUGUCAGUGAAUGUUUCCGCAACUUCAGCCAGAGCCACAGGUGUAUCCUGAUGUACUCACCACCACCAGCCAUGGCUGAGCUCCUGCCUUCUGCCAACACAUCAGUCUGUAGCACACUUUAUUUUUAUGGGCUCAUCAUUUUCCUGGCCAGCUUUGUACUCAGCUUCUUUACCAUUGUGGUCUUACUCAUUCAAGCCCAGACACUUUACAAGAAGUUUCUGAAAUCGACUGGCUUUCUGGGGAGUGAACAGUGGGCAGUUAUUCACAUCAUGGAGCUGCGAGUACGCUUCUACCCAGUGGCCUUCUUUUGCUGCUGGAGCCCAGCUGUCAUUCUGAUGAUCAUAAAACUGACAAAACUACAGGACACCAAACUUCAUAUGGCCCUCUAUGUUCUCCAGGCUCUAACAACAUCAUCUCAGGGUCUGCUCAACUGUGGAGUAUAUGGCUGGACACAGUACAAGUUCUACCAACUAAAGCAAGAAGCUCGGCGUGAUGCAGACACACAGACACCAUUAUUAUGCUCACAGAAAAGAGUCUAUUGCAGGGGCCUAGAUCCGCUGGAGUCAACUCUUGCUUUUGCUACUAGCACCUCUACCAUUCUUUGAAACUAUAAAACUAGAACAUCCAGAACUGGAAUUAUUCUGCACUAAUGGUUUGGGCAGAGUGUUUGAGGCCAACAUCUUCAGUCUUUUCUAACCAUGCCUUAAGCUAUAGAAGUGAAAGAGAAUAUAGUACCAUGAUUAGUAGCUACUCUAGUUGAAGUGGGUGGAAUCUAUCUAUUAUUCUUAGAUGCACAGAUUAAGUCACUGUUCAGGGAGAUGAAGCUACUUGCCACCUAAGAGAUACACUCAUAUUACUUGAAUAGAUAUUAGAUUUGUGGAGUCUCUUCUGGAAAAAAAUAAAUUCCAAGUUAUUAUUAGUUAUUAUUUAUACAGAGUAUUUCCAGGCCCUCUACUGUGGUUGUGGGAGAAGCAGUGUGGCAUGUAACAACUUUCUUAGAUAUUUACAUUGCUCUUCCUUCCAUUGUACAAAGGAAGUCCUGGUUUUACAUUCUUUGAACAGAGUUUUGGAAAUUCAGAAAAAGCAAGGACAGAAGGUGUCAAAAAAUUGAAAGGGAGAUCCUCAGACACUCCACAUCCUAGUCUCGUAUAUAUUCCAUGCUGUUCUAGGUAUUAACAACAGAAACCAUUCCCUUCUAGAAAGUUAAGGCCAGUCUUUUGAAGUUACAGUGGAUAAUAAGAUUUAAGAGAAAUCAGGAUUAAAACUGAAUCAAAAACUUCUCAAUUUACAUUUAUAAGCAGAAAUCCUAGGUUGUAGGUUUCAUAGUGCUUGGAUGUAGAAUUAGAUUGAACAUUAUGAACUUGCCAUUUUUGUAGGUUAAAGUGGUCUAAUGUCAUCUAUUUUACAUGGUUCAACCUGACUGGAAGUGCUAAAUAUAUGUUUAUUGAAUAAAUGAAUAAAUAGGUGAAUGAAUGACUAACAAGUAGAAUUGAACUUUUGGGAAAGAAAAGACUCCCACACUGAAGAGGCCUGUUCAUGGGUAGGAAUGUUUAAUGUUUCUUCCUCUUUAGUCACGUAACAAAUAAUGUUUGGUCUCUCCAGUUGUCAUGAGCAAAGCCAAACCAGGGCCAGGGCAUCAGAUGCUGUGAUGCCUAAACAAAGGGGAAAGCCAAAUGGACAAAAACUAGAACAAUAAUCAACUAAAACAUCUGGAAUAUUUAUUAAAUCAGAUACUUUUCGCCUAAUAUAUUUCCUUGGCCUGUGCAAUAUUGUUAAGAUUAAAGAAAAUUGACAGAGUAGAUUAUAAAGGGAGAUAAAACAGUAUACAAUAUAUUAGAAAUAUAUUAGAUAAUAUGUUAGAAAUCAGUCCUGAAUAUUCAUUGGAAGGACUGAUGCUGAAGCUGAAACUCCAGCACUUUGGCCACCUGAUGCGAAGAACUGAUUCAUUAGAAAAGACCAUGAUGCUGGGAAAGAUUGAAGGCAGGAGGAGAAGAGGACAA